GCCGAAAACCCCUGUCAAUCACCUCAAACUACCACGUGAUCCCUGCUGUUUCACUCCCACCGCCAAAGGUUUUGCCGCCCCCCUCCGCCUUUUUUUCUGCCUUGCCGCUGCUCUCCCAUCAGUCAGCGCGCGCAUGAACCUGUCUUUGAUAGCGCCCCUCCACUCCGUCCAUCCAUUCGCUAUCGUCAACCAUCUCAUCCACAAACAACCCAUCGCACUUCCCAAGCAAUCACUUACACCCGAUCACUCACCGUCGUCAACCAGGAAAAAGAAAUGUCCGGCCAAGACUACGAAGCCCCCUCGGGCGCCUUCUCCCAGCGCGACGACGUCGCCGCCAGCUCGGGCACAAUGAUCUACCGCUGCGGCGACUGCGCCGUCCGUGUUCCCCUCGAAAAGGGCGCUCCCAUCCGCUGCCAAAAGUGCGGUGCCCGUGUCCUCUACAAGGAGCGCACCAGAAGAAUGGUUCAGUUCGAGGCUCGGUGAUCGAUUCGUACACUCAGGCGAACGAAAACUAAAAUGGGAUUGAGGAACAUAAAGGUGGAGCUGCCGUAGAUAAUACCUUACGAGGGGAUGGCUAAGGCUCGGUGGCAGGAACAGCAUUUUGCACAUCAUGGCGUUGGGGAUACAUUGGACAGGAACAGAAUAUAGUCUGGUCAUGAAAACUUAAUUUCGUCUUUUUCC